GACUUCCCCCUGGAUUCAUCCAAAAUGGAGCCUCUCACAGCUUACCCAUUAAAAUGCUCAGGGCCCAAAGCAAAGGUAUUUGCAGUUUUGCUGUCUAUGGUUCUAUGUACAGUGAUGCUAUUUCUUCUACAACUAAAAUUCCUAAAACCUAAAAUAAACAGCUUUUAUGCCUUUGAAGUGAAGGAUGCAAAAGGAAGAAACGUUUCUCUGGAAAAGUUUAAAGGCAAAGUUUCACUAGUUGUAAACGUGGCUAGUGACUGCCAACUCACAGACAGAAAUUACUUAGCACUGAAGGAACUGCACAGAGAGUUUGGACCAUCCCACUUCAGCGUGUUGGCUUUUCCCUGCAAUCAGUUUGGAGAAUCGGAGCCCCGCCCAAGCAAGGAAGUAGAAUCUUUUGCAAGAAAAAACUACGGAGUAACAUUCCCCAUCUUCCACAAGAUUAAGAUUCUAGGAUCUGACGCAGAACCUGCAUUUAGAUUUCUUGUUGAUUCUUCAAAGAAAGAACCAAGGUGGAAUUUUUGGAAGUAUCUGGUAAACCCUGAAGGUCAAGUUGUGAAGUUCUGGAGGCCAGAGGAGCCCACUGAAGUCAUCAGGCCUGACAUAGCAGCUCUGGUUAGACAAAUGAUUAUAAAAAAGAAAGAGGAUCUAUGAAAAUGCCAUUGAGCCAUUCUAAUGCAAUGGAAUGAUCCGAUAUCUCUAUGAGGGUUUGGUCUCAUUUUAAAUAUUCUAAGAAUUAAAUGUGGCAGUGAAGGAUGAUUUUUUUUUUAAUGUUAUCUUGCUGGUCAGUGGUAAUGAAUGUCCCCAAGACAGUGGUGUUGCCCAAAGCAAAAAUAAAAAGUAGCCAAAGAAUCAAAAUGAAAUAUAGUAAAUACUUCCAUUUGACAAUAGUGAAGAAUCCAGAAUACACAGUGAUCAAUGUGCUUUAAUAUCUUAUUGUUCAACUUGACAUUUUCUAGGAUUGUACUUGAUGAAAAUGGCAACACAUUAGACCAGACCACUGUUUGGAUUCAAGCACACUUGUGUGAUUGAAAUUUUUGGAGUAACUAAUCAUUGAUGUAAUAAAAUACAAAUAAACGUUGAAAAUGGAAACUAUAUAUACAUACCUCCAAAUCCUUA